UUCACCAUUUAGUGAUUCGUUUGAUAAUAAUUUAAUAUCAAACUCUUCAAAGAAAUAUUGUUUAAACAAAUUCUAUGAAACAAAUGAAAAUGAUAGGGUGCCAUAUGAGAAGUAUUCACCCACUGGCUGUAGCAACUCGUUGGCAAAUGAGAAGAUCUAUAGUCCAAGUAAUCCUCAUUUCAGUCCUGGAGAAGUGUAUCCAGAUUCUGAUAUGAAUUCCAACCCAGAAAGUGUUGAUAAAGUGUCAUCAAACCUUGAAAAUGGUGAUGAUGAUGUUUUUAUUGACGAGAAAUCAUCAACCAACAUUCUGGAUCAGGUUACUGAGGAGAGCAAAAUUGUAGAUAGCAAUCAUUCAGACAGUUGUGACACGGAUAAUUUGAACAAGGAAAGUAACACUACUGACAUUUCAAAGCCACUAAUUGAAGUUGAAAUCCUUCCCCAUAGAGAUGAAUUUGAAACUGUUGUUGAGUCACCAACUGGAAGAAAAUCCCCUGAUGAUUGUUUAUCUGAAACAAUUGACCCGUCAUCUUCAAAACUUAUGAAUUCAGAAGAUGUAUCUGAAACAAUUGACCCACCACCUUCAAAAUUUAUGAAUUCAGAAGACGAAUCACCAAGCACACCUCUGGAUUACAAGUCUUCAGUUUUUUCCAACUCCUCAAACUCAUCUUGUGAAGUCAACAACACUGAAUCGUCAAGAGAAUUCCACUACGACCAAACAAAGAAAACCAGGAGAAAAAUGCCCAAAAAUUUCUUUGUCAGGAAAAAAAUAAGGCGAAAUAGAAACACAGCUGUGGGCAGUGAUACAUCUUCUCAAGACCUCGUAGUUACAAGUGCUCCUUCAGAAACUGAAACUGUCGUAGAAAAUACAACUAUCCCCUCCUCUCUUGCUCAAAAUGAAAUUAACCGUCGGAAUAACUACUUAAGUGGAGAUAAUCAAAGUGAUUUGUCUGUUACCUGUGAUACCUCUCGUUUGAAUUGUGUUUAUGAUUUAGAACAUUCUUCACCCAUAAGGUUAAAUGAAAACCCAGGUUCGUCUUUACCUGAUAAGUCUGAAGAUAAAAGCACUUUGAGGAAUUGUGGUCGAGGCUUGAAGAGGCCUGGAAAGGGCCACUUCAGAGAAGAUACCAAACGGAGACGGACCAGGAAUCUUUCCACCACCUGCCGGGACUGUGAUGUCACUUUUAAGAAUAAGGAAGAGCUGACUCGUCACAAUGCGUACAGACACGCACGCCGCAGGGAGCUUCACCACUGCCUACUGUGUCAGAGAAGCUUCUCAUCAGCCGCCCGCCACAGCCUUCAUGUUCAGGGCCGGUCACACCGCCACCUAGAGUUGACGCAGAGACACACGAUGCACACUAUCCACCGCCUGGUGGCGGGUCACGACUGUCCUGCGAUCCCUCCCUUGACCCGGGCGGAACUGAGGGCUUUGCAGUGGAGACCCAACCAACCCGGCUACACACAUGUCUACCACGACACCACGCCACUACACACUGUUCUGCGGGAACGGAGUUCAGAUUUGAGUGAAGAUACAGUCUUGUCAGGAGAUAAGAUAGGAGACGACUGAAAUGCAGUAAUUCUAGUUCCUCAGACCAACCAAAGACACGCUCAAUGCUGAAGGGACCAAAGUCCUCGACUUGUUUGUACAGUUACAAAGUUUUAUCGUUUGUUAUCACUGUGUUUACCACAAGUGUGCUUAUAAAGCAGGUUUGGCUCAUCCGACAUCAUAGCUUAUACGUGUGUUUUAGACUGUCUUGUAAAUAUGUAUAUUUUUUAUAGAUUUUAUUACAUUACCACAUAAAGUCAUGAAGUAUCCACCUGAGAUCAGGCCUUACCAAAAGAUGCCUCAAUUGUACAGAUUUAUUUAUGUUUUCAAAAUGAGAAAUAAUAUAUUAGAAAAUGUUUACGUUUGUAUAUUUUUAAGAGAUAUCUCGGCGUAUACAUUUUACCAGUAUGUAUUUGUGUGAUAAUGUACAAUCGUUCCUCACUUAGAAACCAAAAUAUUUGCCGGUUAGUGCAAUUUGUAUAUUAAGUGUGCCUGGUUCGGAGAUGAAUUACUCAUCUAAGUCAAGGAAAGACAAUGUUUUAAUUUGUUUAUAUCUUUAUUAAGGUGUGUUACAAUUUAAAGCUUGCUUGCAUGUAUGAAUA